GAAAAGUGGAACUUGGCAAAGUGGAUUCUGCCAGUCAUUGACGUAAUCGCGAAAUAACAAUAAAAAGCGGAUGGCAGUGAAUGGGACCAGCAGCUUCACAACCCGCCUGUUUGAUAUCGAGCGCGCUUAGCUCAAGCUCCGUCCACUACCCAUCGGCAAAAACUUGCCCCCUAGCCAUCGUGAGGGAAUGAAGCUGCUGUCGGUUUGCUGUAUCUUGUGCCUGUUGGUAUGCCUGGCGUUUCCUGACGCGGAUUCUCGAGUCCAAGGCUCCUCGGUGGAGGUCAGAAAUGCUGAUAUCGAUUCCUCUUGGUAUACCGGACGUGGAAUAAGGCCUGUGGGCCGUUUUGGAAGGCGGGGACUAACCCUGGAAAACAUCAGAAAAUAUGAAUUUGGCACUCGUCGUGUCUGUAUCCCAAUUGAAGAAAGUGAAGAAUCCAACCAGGAUGAUUAAAUUAAGCUCCUGCCUAUAACUCUAUUCUCACAAAGCCAGCUUCAUUUUUUCUCAACUUUAUUUCUGUAAUUGUGUAAUAAAAAAACUCUCAAAUAACUAUCAAAACAUGAACAGUAUUAAAAAGACAAGGUUCAUCUUGUGUGCAAAAGCAAAACUUUAACGUUGACUGCUGAAAUUUCAACUGAAGUAGUUUCAGAGUUUCAACUCAAUUAGAAAUCAAUGUGCAUCCACACUUCUGUGCCUACCAUUGUCAUUUGGUGUUAUUUGCCAGGAUUAUAGGGAACUGUUUAAGAAAUAGCUGAACCAUGUCAGAAAUUGUGGUACUACAUUUCCCUAAACCAGCAGUUCUCACUCAUGCCUUAGAUUUCCAUUCGCUGUUUGUUCCAACUACGUGUCUUUUCUAUCUUCCUGUUUUCUUUCUCUGCAAAAUUUUGAUUCCUCUUCAAUGAUUUUCAUUUCUUUUUCAGUUGUUGCAUUUUAAAAAUGUUUUGCUCAGAUUCAACUCCAAAACUAUUCUUUUCAGUGAAAGUAAUGAAUAUAUAAUUUGACCUUAAGACUAUCCUGCAUUGAGCAAGAUUGGUCAAUAUAUGUGAAAUGUAAAGUUUCCUAUAUUGUGGAAGCACUGUCGAAGACAUUUCACGCAAAUAUUGGUAAAAUCGUAGCAUAUUCUGUCUUCUUGAUUCAUACACCUGCUACUUUGACAGCAAAUUGCCAUCUUCUGUUCAUAGUAGCCAAAACGUAAAACAGAAGAAAACUAACAAUGGUGUUCUUCAAUAGUUAUGGUUAAGGUACCUUAUUGAUACAAAACAGAAAUCUUUUUAUUCUAACUUUCACUAAUGUGGUACCUUCCUGAAAGUGCUUGUUGACAUUUAGAUUUCAAAUCUGAAAAGUUUUUCCUCUGUAAGUGUUCUAUGCUACUAUAAGCUUAAACCAAUUUAACAAUUUUUCUAAGGGUUUUUUUGUUACCUUUUUAUGACUUUUAAAGCAUGAUGCAAAGCAGUGAGUCUGAGUCCUGUAUUAGUGUUUGCAACAACCAUGUGGGUCAGAAAUCUAAUCUACCAAUUUUCCUAUUUCUUCCAAGGCUUUCACUAGCUCUUGGCGAGAUUGUUGUUGUAUCACUGUGGAACAUUGUAUCAGGCUAUUGCAUUGCCUCCAGUCAAAAAUGUCGUUUUAAUGACGUUGGUGUGUUUCCCAGUAAUUGAG